AUGGACGACAGCCAGAUGCCUACUCCAAACGACACGCCCGAGAAGGCCUCGGACUCUCUCGAGGGUUCUGUCCCGGCAAGCAUCCCAACAUUUGCGAGUUUCUAUGAACCACCACUAUGGCGACCGAGUCGCUCUGUGGGCCUGUCCGAACCAGCCAUGACAUCCUACCGCAUGUCUUGGUCCGCCGUCAGCCAACAAGUCGGGCGCGGCGUGAAAAGCCCAGUCAAUCGCCUCAGGGAUCGACUCAGGAGCCAUCCCGUUCACCCUGCCAUACCCGGCGCUCCGGACGACGAGUCCGCUCAACCUCGCGGGAUACCCGUCACAUUCUCAGUCGACGAUAUUCUCAUUGCAGACGCGCCCGAGGCAGAGUCUCGUCUCGUCUAUCCGCAGUUUGACAGCGUCGAGAGGUAUUACAUAGCCGAGGACGAGACCGUAUACAACGGGCUCUUGCGUGAAGAAGCCAAGCGACUGCACCACUACGUUCAGAACCCCAAUGUUCCCAUCCGGUUUGAUAAUCGGGAUUUCUUUACGACUGGGGACGAGGCCGGCUACAACGCUCUCUCCGCGCUGGCCGACAAGAUCUUGACUGCCAUUUCCCUGUGCAUCCUCGACAACGAGUGCAUCAACGUGCGAUACUGCAAACAGAUAUCCAACCGGAGUAAGCUUCAGAAGCUGAUCCAGCAGGCCCAAGUUGCCGCCGAAGCCGAUAAUGGCGACGAAGAGCUUGCCGAUUCGGCCAAUGGUCACGAUGCCGCUGCCGAGCGUCGCCGUGAACAGGUUGCCUUGUUCGACUUGAUCAACUACGUCUCGGGCGUGCUUGCGAGGCUGAUCACCCAGACGGGGACGGGAAACUUCUGGCAGGCCACGGUCCUUUGCGUGCUCGUCAAGCGUGUAACCAAAAUCAAAGUCUUGCUCCUCGAUCUCUACCCAAAUGCCCGGAUCGCGGCGCAGGGGGGUGAGAGCGCCCUCGACAGCAGCCGGGACAGGGGCUCACUCGUAGCCACCUGGAUCGAUGAGGAAGAGGAGUGCGAAGAAGCUCUGAGGAUCAUCGACGCUGAUACCAAAGACGGUCUCACGUCCGUCGACGAGGCCCGGGUUGCCUCUUACUGCGUCAACCAGAACAAGUUCCGUGGGGGCAUGAGCUCUGCCUUGAGGUCCAUGGUCAUGUCUCUCCGGUGCCUGAAGCGCUCUGGACUCUCAAACACAGCGUACGAGAUAUGCGGGUUAGUCUACGAGACGGGCUUCCAAGGAUUCAAGACGCUUCUCUUUCAGGAUCGGGAUCAGGAGUUCUCUGCAACCUCAGACCUGGACAAUCUCAAUACGGCCGACUCGGCUCUCCGCAUUUUAGAUAAAACGGUAGCCCAACUGCGGGAGCUCCGGACGGGCUGCCUCCUACCCAAUGCCGCCCAGCCGCCCAGGGUCAAGACAUUUAUCGAAUGGACGUAUAAAGUGACGGACCAACGAGGCACCGGGGAGACGGAGACGUGCCGGGGACAGGACGGGAACCCGCUGGAGAAGCUGGCACUCGAGUACAUGGACGACAUCAUCACCGUCAUGGUUCCACUCGCCACGACCAAUCCGAGUCUGGUGUCCGAGUUGAACAACUUCCGGAGCAUUAUGCUCCUCAGCUGCGACAACCAAGAACUCGUUCGCCCAUUCCAGGAAACCAACUUUACCGCCUUCUUCCGCGUGUAUACAAGCACCAUGGAAGAAGAUGCCCAGCCUCGCGGCGUGCUACGUCUCAAGACGGCGUUUGAAGCCGGCACCUUUGAGCGAUGUCGGCUCAUCGACCCGUCGGGCAGCGACGGCAGUUGGCGCUCACAGAGUGCCGAUGUCGACCGGACUCGCAAGUUCGAGCGUCGGCGGCGACUAAUGGAGAGCGAGUGGGUCAUGGACGAAAGAUCCGUCAUCGUCCCCUGUCCGACGUACGUGUUGACCAUCGCCACCGUGGCUGUGGUGCUGGCGGCGGGCGGGCUCACCAUCGGCUUCACCGUCGGCAACCGCAUCGUGGGCGUCGACCCCUUCAACAUUGCCACGUACACGUGGGUGCUGGCGGCGUUUGUGAUUCUCGUCUGCAAGAGCGUGCUCGUCCGGGACUGGUCAUGGAGUGACUUCCUGCACCUCCGCGUCCCCUGCCGCUCCGUGUCGGAACUCGAAGCCGUCACGGGCAUCCGCGAUCAGAUGAUCAUCGCCAAGCUGCUCCACGACGAGAGCGGUGGCGGCAUCCUGGUGACGAGGGGGCCCUACAACUCGGUCUUCCUGCGUCGCUCCAACGAGGGCUUCUCCAUCGACCGGCCCAUCAGCACCACCACCAUGCUCAUGAGCGGACUGAUGCCGCUCAAGGUGGUGACGCCUCGUGGCCAGGCGCUUGUGUGCCUCGACUCGCGCCGCGGAACACGGCUGCGCAUCGUCGGCCACCAGGCCAGCCCCGAGGACCAAUACCUGGUGUGUGAGGACGUGAGCCGUCUGCAGAAGUUGGCAAUGGAGGGGACCAGUGCGCGCGAAAAGGGCAAAUGCGUGCGGCUGCAGCUCCUCCUUUCCAAGGAGCUUAGAUGGAAGCGGGUCCUGGGUGUCUACGACGCAGGGAAUGUAGCCUUCGUGUAG